AUGGACGAGAACUUGUCCGCAAAUGCCUUUGUCGUGCAGAAGGUCCUUUCUCCCGUCCACACGAGGGCCAUCAAACAAGAAUCACAUGCGGCGGGGCAUAUACGGGCUUCAGUCGUGGCAAGCCACUAUUCUUUCAUUGAGCGCGAAGUGCUUGCAAAGCUUUUUUCCUCCGACCUUUCAACGCUUUGUUCCAUGUGUCUUUUGAAAUCUUUUGAAGCCUUUCAAUUAAAUUUGGAGGCUCUUUCGAAAUUGCCAAUGGCUUUACAUGCACUUUGGCUAUUUGUUGUAUAUUUGACUCCUUUUUUCUAUUCCAAUAUUGAUCCAGUCCCAUCAAAUGCUGCCAAAAUAGAAUUUUAUCCAUGUAGCGUUGAAUCGAUUAGCUCAUCUAGAGCCAAGUACUUGCAUCAGCUAGAUCGCUAUUUUACUUGCAUUUCAUAUGCUUAUCGAAAAUUGGCCAGCCAUAGCCCGCAGAACAAUCUUCGUAUCUUGAAGACAUUGUCUGCAAAGGAGGAAGCCCUGAAUUUGUUCAAAAUCCCGAUUUUCUCGCUUGGCAUAAAUAUAUCCUGCUUCAUCGGCCUAAUUCCAUGCACGCUUUCUUCUCUUUCCUUGGAGGGUUGCGGGUUAUUUGACAAAGAGCUGGGUGUUCUGUUAGAAGUGAUAUCAAUUAAACUGCCAAAUCUGAAGGAGCUGAACCUUUCACAUAAUAACAGGGUUACAGAUGCCUCCUUCAAUGAGAUUUUUUCAUCCAUGGUUCGGCAUCUAAGGACCCAAAGCUCGCCACCCUUUUGCGCCCUAGAAAAACUAAGCUUGGCAGCAAAUGAGUUGCUCUUUUCGUCAAUCAAUAUGGCUGUAUUGUUUCUCCUUCCAUCAAUAAGACACAUUGAUCUUUCGGGUACAGCAUUUGAAUCAAAACGGACAUCACCCGAUUUCCUUGCCAUCUCAACAUUAUUUAAACUCACUCUGGUUGAAAGUCGUCUGCAGUUUGCUGGCGGAAUCGAUGUUUACACUCUGUUAAGCUUUUGGAUUGGCCUUACAAAGGCGUUCAAUAUAGGGUCUGUUGAAAAUUUGUAUUUUAAUUUGAUUGAAAAGUUAUCCAAAAGUGAAGAGGAUAGGUUUUCAAACCAUUUUGAGCAUUCGAGGGUAGCACAAAAUCUGGUCCUAGAGUUUGACAAAUCAGCUUUGAACAAUAGCUUGAUUGUGCCCAUUUUUUUAAAAAUCCUUCAAAAGGGUCAAGCCAAACGCCACAAAUUUAAUGCCAUUGAUGAUCCCGCUCAAGGGGGGGAGCGAGCAUGGAUUUCCUCAAACAGCGUAAAAUCGGCCGAUUCAAAUUUAAAUAUUUUUAGUCUUUAUAAAUAA